ACAUUAAAUUAACCAGUCAUUUCAUCUAUACACUUCUAAUGAUAUAGAUAACAUAGAUCAAGAUACGUACAAAAUCAAUACAUUGAAUUACCCCGUUAACAUCUUUAUCGUACGGUUGAUUAAACAUCAUCAUACUUUUAUAAAUCGAAAAAUUGUUUAUGAAAAAUUAGAAAUAUAUAAUUAUGAAAGAAUAAUGAAGUUUUAACUUUUAAAUUAAGAAAAACACGAUUUUAUUGUUAAUAUCUAUACAUAUGCCUAUAGAUAGCAAAUAUGACAUACAUGUGGAAGCACACAUGCAUGCUUCUUAAUAUUAACGACAACUUAAACUACAAUGCUGCCAUAGAAUCUUUACACACACAAAAACUCAAAGGUCUAAUUGUGAUUAAUAUAAAACGUAAGGUUAAGACUGAAAACAGAAUCAAACAACAAGGAUGAAAAGUGGAAUUAAACCAAAUUAUUCUUAAGGUUAGUGCAAAGCUUUACAGCCUAUAAAUAAACCCUUUUAGGGUUACGUUUUGUUAAGAAAAAAAGAAGACAUAUUUUCUUUAGAAGAAAUGACCAAAAGAAGAGUGGUGUUGAAAAGGGAAGAACCACUACCACCACCACCGCCACCGGCACAACCGGAUUCCGCUAAUUCAUCAAACUUGGGUAGGGUUCAUGUGAGAUAUGGUGAGUGUCAAAGAAACCAUGCAGCCAACGUCGGUGGGUAUGCUGUCGAUGGGUGUCGGGAAUUCAUGGCGGUGAAUGAGGCUGAGGAGGGCACCGAGGCUUCACUUACAUGUGCCGCAUGCGGCUGCCACCGCAACUUCCAUAGAAGGGUGGUGGAGACUGAAGAAGCUGCUGCUUCCUACAGUGAUUGUGAGUGAAAAUAAGAACCUCAAGCACAAGUAUGUUUAUGAAACACACACUCUAUUUAUACAAAAAAAUGUGUGUGGUUUGUUUGUCUUGUUGUGUGUGUUUAUGUUUUGUCUUUUAGUGUGUGUAAAUGAGAGUUGGGUAAGCUAUUGUAAAAUUAGGUCAAUCUAUCCAUCUUUGAUCUUGUCUGGAUCUUUUUUGGUUUGACUUUAGCUUGUGUAUAUGAAGCUUCCUAAGUAAAAUUAUAUAGUAAUUUGAGUUGUGUUC